CAAAAUGACCUGGAAAACGUCUUAAAAAUAUAUUUAAAACGUCAACUCGUAGUUCAGUUGUUGAUUAUAUAUUUGAAUUCUCAGCUCUGCACCAGGAUUUAAGUGUAAUAUUGAACGUAAUCAAUACUAUCUCGUGACCUUUAUUUAUAACUGUGAUCAUGUGAUUAGAUUGUAUAAACAAAACUUGCAUUUAUUUGUGUAUCACAUUGGUUAACAGACAAAUAAGGGGGGAUGGAGUCUUUACGGUACUUCUGCUGUUUUAUUUUGGUUUUUACCACAGUAUAUGCUUUGAAGUAUAAAGAAUACAAACAUUUUUUGGAAGAACAAUCCAGAAACCAAACAUUUAUGAAACUUUUCGAUCAGCAUAUUAAAAAAUUCCACAGAGCAAAAUCAAAGAGUGUCCAGUUUCCAUGUGAAGGAUUUAGAUUAAACAAGAACGCAACAAACGUUCAUGAAUUGACACCAGCUGACAUUAACGUGGUUGCUGCCAUUGGUGACUCAAUUACAGCUGGAACUGGAAUUACAGCAAAAACACCUAUUGGACUACUGAGGCAAGACAGGGGACUUUCCUGGAGUGUUGGUGGCGAUGGCAGUGUUGAUGAACAUAUAACACUAGCAAAUAUGCUGAAACGAUAUAAUCCAAAUUUGGUAGGAUUUUCUGUCGGAAGUGGUGAUUUUGAAAGUGAAAAUGCUCAUUUAAACGUGGCAGAUCCAGGAAAUGAGGCCAGAAACAUGCCAUUCCAAGCAAGAUUGUUGGUAGAUCGAAUGAAAUCUGGCAAAGAAGGAGUUGACUUCGUGAAUGACUGGAAAGUUAUUACAAUGUUCAUUGGUGGGAAUGAUCUGUGUGACUAUUGUGGUGACAGGCCAGAAUAUACAGUACAAAAAUAUAUUGGAUUUAUCACAGAGGCAUUGGAUAUCUUCCACAAAGAAGUCCCAAAAGCUUUUGUUAAUGUGGUGGAGGUUUUAGAUAUUGGCAAUGUACCAUUACUAAACGAAAACUUGGUUUGUGAUACACUUCACUACUUUACAUGUAGAUGUGGUGCCUUUCCUGGAGAUAAUAAGGAUGAACUAAAAGCUCUGGUUAUUCAAUACCAGAAUGGUUUGGAGGAUUUAGUACACUCUGGACGUUAUGAUACCAGAGAUGAUUUCACUGUUGUCAAUCAACCAUUCCUUUCUGAAACAAAAAUACCAGUCAACGAUGAUAAUUCUACUGAUUUGGAUUAUUUUGCACCGGAUUGUUUUCACUUCAGCGAGCUUGGACAAGAAGUUGCAGCUAGUGCACUUUGGGAUAACAUGAUUGAACCAGUAGGACAAAAAAGAACAUACUGGAGACCAGGAGAACCAACAGAAUGUCCUGAUACUGAAGAACCAUAUUUCUAUACAAAGAAAAAUAGUCAACGUCAACGAGUACAAGGCUUUGGUUCUUACCGUCAACAGACCAGACAAGAAAACAGACAGCCAGACGAAAACAAUAAAACUCAUCAAAUUAGUAGCACGUCUGUUUCAGGGAUUGUCAUAGGUGCUGUGUGCAUUAUAAUUGUAGUUUCACUUUCAGUUUACUACCUCAAACAAAGACGAAAACACAAUAGUGUAGAGAGAUACCAACUGCUGCAAGGGUUAUCUCCUAAUUACACUGAAAUAUAAACAUUUUGAUUAGUCUGGUGCUUUUCAUAACUAGAAAUGAAACAGCGUAAAGGUAGUGAUAUUUGAAUUUAAUUUUUCUCAUUAAAGGAUUAUUGAAAUUAUCCAAUUAUUGUAGACCUUCAAGAAAAGUUGAAAGUAUUCUAUUUCAAGCACAUUUCAUAGGAAAAUAUAUUUGGCAUAACAUUUAUUUUAAAUAAUUUAUUCUUUUUCUGUUACCAAUAUUUAACAUUUUACUUUUUAAAUAUCUUGUAAAACUAAAUAUUUACUUAAUUUAAUGUAAGUGCUAGUGAUCCAGUCUUCUUACAAUUGAAAUAUGAUUUCACACAUCUCCAGUAAGCAAUAUUUAGAAAUUCACUGAAAAUAUAUUUAGUUAAAGAGUGCAAUGCAUCUUCAAGAAAAGACUUUUUUUUUAUAUUUCGAAUGAUUCCAUUUGUUUCAGUUAUUUACUCAAGACAUUUUUCUUUGAUUCAUUUAUUUUGGUUUAAAAACACUUAGUUUUGUUGAAAAAUAGCAAUAACCAAUAUCCUUUAAUUUGGAUAUUAGAAGUAUAUUUGAGAUACAGCACGUUUUGCAUAUCAAUGGUUCUUAAAAGAAAGGUUGUCUUAGGUAGUGUGAACAUAUAUUUAUGCAUGCCAGUAAUUGUUAAUAUUAUAAAGCUAUUGUUAUUUAGUCAUAAUCAAGACCCAUGAGAUUAUUGUUAUUAAAGUAAUUUAUUGUUUGCAUAUAAUUUGUACUUUUGUACUUUUGUAUGUACAAUGUUCAAUUAAAUAAAAUUUUACACAAUA